GUGCAGCUAUAUACAGGGAUUACCAGUACCAGAUCAAUGUGCAGCUAUAUACAGGGAUUACCAGUACCAGAUCAAUGUGCAGCUAUAUACAGGGAUUACCAGAUCAAUGUGCAGCUAUAUACAGGGAUUACCAGUACCAGAUCAAUGUGCAGCUAUACAGGGAUUACCAGAUCAAUGUGCAGCUAUAUACAGGGAUUACCAGUACCAGAUCAAUGUGCAGCUAUAUACAGGGAUUACCAGUACCAGAUCAAUGUGCAGCUAUAUACAGGGAUUACCAGUACCAGGUCAAUGUGCAGCUAUAUACAGGGAUUACCAGUACCAGGUCAAUGUGCAGCUAUAUACAGGGAUUACCAGUACCAGGUCAAUGUGCAGCUAUAUACAGGGAUUACCAGGUCAAUGUGCAGCUAUAUACAUGGAUUACCAGUACCAGGUCAAUGUGCAGCUAUAUACAGGGAUUACCAGGUCAAUGUGCAGCUAUAUACAUGGAUUACCAGUACCAGGUCAAUGUGCAGCUAUAUACAUGGAUUACCAGUACCAGGUCAAUGUGCAGCUAUAUACAGGGAUUACCAGUACCAGAUGAAUGUGCAGCUAUACACAGGGAUUACCAGUACCAGGUCAAUGUGCAGCUAUAUACAGGGAUUACCAGUACCAGAUGAAUGUGCAGCUAUAUACAGGGAUUACCAGUACCAGGUCAAUGUGCAGCUAUAUACAGGGAUUACCAGAUCAAUGUGCAGCUAUAUACAGGGAUUACCAGAUCAAUGUGCAGCUAUAUACAGGGAUUACCAGAUCAAUGUGUGGCUAUAUACAGGGAUUGCCAGGUCAAUGUGUGGCUAUAUACAGGGAUUACCAGGUCAAUGUGUGGCUAUAUACAGGGAUUGCCAGAUCAAUGUGCAACUAUAUACAGGAAGUACCAGAUCAAUGCGCGACUAUAUACAGGAAGUACCAGAUCAAUGUGCAACUAUAUACAGGAAGUACCAGAUCAAGGAGAUAAAUGUGCAGGGUAAAGUGACAAGGCAUCAGGACAGACCAUAA